AAAUACUUUUAAGACAGAAGGAUGCUUCAAAAAAGUGCAUUAAAAAAGGAUAGUUUUGUCUUUGCAACCGUCUCAAGCGGUAAUAAAAUUGAGGCAAAUUAGGGUUUUUCUGGGCAAAUAAGGUUUUCCUGUCUGCGCCUCCGAAAGUUAACCACUAAAUCCCAGCCACCACCAGUAGACGAUGGGGAGGAGAGAUGUGGGCGGAGGAAAUAAUAGGAGAGUUUUGAGUCGAGAUAUGGAUUCGUGCAGGAAGGAUUUAUCUACGGCGGAGGAAAUCGUGGACGACCUCCGUUACAGGUACGGUAAAUAUGCGAGGAUGUCCCGUCAAACACUUGUCCUCAACGUCAGACAUGUCCUUAAUGCCCGAAACAACAACAGCAACAACAAGAAGCGUGUGAAAGAAGACGAAGAGGAUGAUGAUUCUGAUGAAGGUGCUGGUGGUGGUAAGAUGAAGAAACAGAGACGUCUUGAUGAGGAAAAAGACAAGUUGCAGCGAGCACAUGUCAAGGAGAAGUCAGUUUCUUCUUCUUCGUCGAAAGACAGUGGCGGCCAUAUCUCGACUUCUGAGGACCCAAGUUUUAAUUUUACCAGUGACACCUUAAGAGGUGGCUACGCUGAGAUGAAUAGCUCCACGAAACUUGCUAGAGUUUCUCCUCCUCUUCCCCUGAGUGUUAAUAAUAUUAACAAUAAAGGAGGACCUACUUUUAAAGACUUUGGUGGGAUUAAAAAAGUGUUGGAUCAGUUGGAUCAGUAUAUUCUGUCCCCUCUUCUCAACCCUCCACUGUUUGAGAAGAUUGGAGCGAAGCCACCAAGCGGGAUUCUGUUACAUGGACCACCUGGCUGUGGAAAGACUCGGUUGGCCAAUGCCGUCGCCAACGAAGCUGGUGUUCCCUUUUAUCAGAUUUCAGCCACACAAGUUGUUUCUGGUGUUUCUGGUGCUUCUGAAGAGAAUAUUAGAGAGCUCUUCUCUAAAGCAUACAGGACUGCGCCUUCUAUUGUGUUUAUCGAUGAGAUUGAUGCAAUUGGUUCUAAGAGAGAGAACCAGCAAAGGGAGACGGAGAAGCGGAUCGUAACACAACUAUUGACUUGUAUGGAUGGGCCUCCUCCGGGAGAUACGGAGGCUGGAUAUGUUGUUGUCAUUGGAGCUACUAAUACCCCUGAUGCUCUUGAUCCUGCUCUGAGAAGGGGUAGGCGAUUCGGGCGUGAGAUUGCACUAACCCCUCCUGAUGAACAUGCCAGGGCUGAGAUACUCUCUCUCGUUGCCCAAAGACUUAGACUCGAAGGUUCCUUUGACAUGAAAAGGAUCGCUCGCUUAACACCAGGUUUUGUUGGAGCUGAUUUGGAAGAGUUAGCUGACAUGGCUGCCAGUCUUUGCGUAAACAGGAUCAUGGAUUCAAGAAAAUUGCAACUCUCCGGUGACAGCCCUAAUGAUGAUAGAUCUUGGCUGAGUCAGCCCUGGUCAGACGAAGAGUUGGAUAAGCUCUUUGUCAGAAUGUCUGAUUUUGAGGAAGCAGUCAAGUUAGUUAAGGGAUCUUUAACUCGAGAAGGUUUCUCUACCGUGCCUGAUGUCACAUGGGGCGAUGUUGGUGGGCUUGACCAUCUACGGACCCAACUCAAAGAUUACGUAGUCAACCCUAUCAAAUACCCAGAGACGUUUGAGAAAUUUGGAGGUAAGUUAAACUUAGAGACAGGUUUCUUGCUCUAUGGACCACCGGGUUGUGGAAAGACUUUGGUUGCAAAGGCAGUUGCAAACGAGGCAGGAGCUAAUUUCAUACACAUCAAGGGUCCAGAACUUCUAAAUAAAUACCUUGGAGAAAGCGAGCGUGCUAUUCGGACCUUGUUUCAGCGCGCCCGGACAAGCUCACCAUGUGUAAUCUUCUUUGAUGAGGUGGAUGCUUUGACAGGAAGGCGUGGCAGAGAAGGUGAUUUGGUUGUUGGUGGUCUUUUGAACCAGUUUCUCACUGAACUGCACGGUGGAGAUAGACGUGACGUUUAUGUCAUCGGAGCUACGAACAGGCUCGAUGUGAUUGAUCCUGCCUUCUUGAGACCAGGUAGGUUUGGGAAUCGUGUGUACGUACCCCUCCCUAACGCGGAUGAGCGUGUUUCGAUCCUAAAAUCCAUUGCAAAGAAGAGACCCAUAGAUCCUAGUGUUGAUCUGGAUGCCAUUGCAAACAAGUACUGUGAAGGUUUCAGCGGAGCUGAUCUCGCUAACCUGAUGGACCAAGCUAUACACGUGGCUGUGAAGGAGAAGUUCCAGUCCAUUGAGUCGUCUGAAGAUGGCGAUAUGGAUUCUAGUGAUUGCACCAUCAAGAUGACUCAUUUCAAGCAAGCCUUGUCCUUAGUCACACCAUCUGUCAGCAAACAGCAAAUAAAACACUACGAGGAACAACGGAAGAAAUAUCAAAGCAGCACCAACAUGGACCAAAUCAACGUAGGACCAUCUUUUGCCCUCGAGUGAUUUAAAAAAUAAAUAAAAUAGAACUCUCUUAAUUUAUAAGCAAAAAAAAACUUGUUUCCCCUUGCGGGAACUACCAUUUGCUUUUGUUUUUUUUUUCCCCAACUUGAGACAUUCAAUCAUAUGGACUCUAAGUUUUGUGUGUUCCAACAAGUGUUGUCUUCAAAAUUUACAAGCGAAA